CGGAAAAGGCAUACGACGUCGUGCUGCUGUUUUGUGCGAACACAAAAUCCCCCCAAAAUUUCAAAACCCUCACUCUGAUCGGCAACUUCCACCGCAGCUGUAUCCGAAAAAGUUAUGGCUGACGAAGAUGAGGAGAAGCAAAGGCUUGAGAUGCAGCUAGAGGGCGCAGUGACCGCUCGCCUUCAGCAUUUCAAGGACCAAGCCGACUCACUGACGUUGGAGUCCGUAAGGAGACUCUUGGAGAAGGACUUAGGCCUUGACAAAUUUUCCCUCGAUGCACACAAACGAUUUAUUCGCCACUACUUGGAAAAGAUAAUGGAGGCUGCUGAUGAAACCAAUGCUGACCCGAUAACUGCAAACAUGGACAAAGAUGAACAGACAAGUAUGGAUGAAGAAAAGGCUUUGCGUAAACAGCAAGAUGCUAAGAGUGAUCCUAAAAAAUCUAGCCCUGGAAAAGACGAAACAAUGGAGGACUCACCUAUAAUGGGUGUUCUUACAGCGAAAUCUGUAGUUGGCACUCAAUCUUCUUUGAGUGAAAGCAGUAUUAAGCAGGCCAUUUUGGAAAGAGCUGAUCAUCUUCAAGCUAAUUCUGAAACCAUAUCGCUUGCCGGAGUUCGCCGACUUCUAGAGGACGAUCUUGGUCUUGAUAAAAACACCCUUGAUGCUUUUAAAGAAUUCAUAAGUCAACAAGUGGAUGAGGUAUUGAAAGGGGAUAAGUCUGUGAAAGAUGUUAAGAAAAAAGUCUCACGGGGCGUGAAAAACAGAAAGUUAAAGAAGGGCAGCAGUGAAGAGGACUCUGAUACUUCACAGUGUGGAAGCGAUAGUGAUGAGAUGGGUGAUAAAGUGAAAUCAAGGAAGGAAGCUGCUCCCAAAAGAAACAUUAAGAAAUCGGAACAGCGAAAGAAACGUAAAAUCUCUGAAAAUGCAGAUGUCUUUCCGAAGAAGCCAACCAAGCUUUCAAAAAGGCAAAAAGAGGAGGAUAAUAACUCAGAUGAGGAUGGAAAUUUAUCUGAAGAUAAUCAAUCCCAAUCAUCUGGUGAAAGAUCAGUCCUGAGGAAAGAAAAAUCAGCUCCUGUUUAUGGGAAACGCGUAGAGAAUCUGAAAUCAAUAAUCAAAGCUUGUGGAAUGAGUAUUCCUCCUGCUAUUUACAAGAAAGCUAAACAAGCACCAGACAACAAACGAGAAACCAUUUUAGUGAAGGAGUUGGAGGGUAUUCUCACAAGAGAAGGGCUAUCGAAAAAUCCCUCUGAGAAAGAAAUCAAAGAUUGUCGAAAGAGAAAAGAAAGAGCCAAAGAACUUGAAGGCAUUGACAUGAGCAAUAUCAUAUCCAGUUCAAGAAGAAGAUCAACGUUUAGUUUUGCGGCUCCAGAGAAACCUGUAGUUCGUGGUAAGAAAGACAAGGUUGAUGAUAAAGAUAGUAAAAAGCAAGAAAACAAUGACAAAGAUCUCAAUGAUGACAACGAGAAAGAGAAGGAGAAGGAAAUGGAAGAAGAGAAGGAGAAAGACAAGGAGGAGGAGGCAGAAGACGAGGAAGAAGAUGGCGAGGAACAAGAUGAUGAAGAUGAAAGUGAAGAAUUUGAUGAAGAUGAUAACGAAGAGAGUGACUAAUGUGUGGUUGCGGAAGUAUUUGUAUCUUUAGUAAUUUUAUUGUGUGGUUGGGUUAGGUAUUUUACAUUCCUUAAUGUUGGAUGGAACUUAUUAGGCAUUUGUAGUGUAAUAUUGCGUGAUAAAUUAAUUCCCAAGUAUAGGGUUGACAUAUUAUACAAGCAAGUGAGAAUACAAUACAUAUUGCGCA